CUCUGUCCGGCGCCCCUUUCUUCUGACGCGCCCGAUGCAGCGAUGCUACUGCGAUGGAUCGCAGCUGAGGGGCGUCGGCGAGCGCGGCCGUCUAGGCCCCUCGCGCGCUCUCUCUCGUACGGUAGGGUUGUGGACGCUGCCGCUCGCGAUGGGGAGCUCAGGGUGUUCGUGGUCGCGGGCGAGGUAUCCGGCGACUCGCUCGCUUCGCGACUCAUGGCGGCUCUCAGGGCGCUGUCCCCUGUGCCGGUCCGUUUCGCUGGCGUUGGCGGUGAACUAAUGUGCAAGGAAGGUUUGCAAUCACUUUUUCCCAUGGAAGAAAUUGCCAUUAUGGGCAUGUGGGAGCUGCUGCCGCACAUAUACAGUAUCAAGAGGAAAAUUGAGGAUAGUGCAAAUGCGGCUAUGCUAUUUCAACCUCAUGCUGUGGUUACAAUUGAUUCAAAGGGUUUUUCUUUUCGACUGUUGAAGCAACUGAAAUGCAGAAGCAAUCAGAAGGUUCAAAGUCCUCUGCAUAUCCAUUAUGUUUCGCCGUCAUUCUGGGCCUGGAAAGGUGGUGAAAGCAGGCUCUCUAAGUUGCAUAAUUUUGUGGACCACAUGUUGUGCAUUCUUCCAUUUGAGGAAGAAAUAUGCAGAUUAAACGGGUUGCCUGCUACUUAUGUGGGCCACCCCUUACUGGAUGAUGCGAUUGGCCUAAACAUGGGGACAGAAUUGUGUUCUGACAAGUCUAAGUAUCAAAGAAGUUGUGAAGCUUUCCGACUGGAACAUGGGCUGUCCCCAGGUGCCACAAUCAUAACCAUGUUACCUGGAAGUAGGAUGCAGGAGGUAGUUCGAAUGCUUCCGAUCUUUUUGCAUACUGUGCAGAACUUAAGGCAUACAUUUGAUGAACUAUCAUUAGUCAUCCCAGUUGCUCCACAUCGAGAUGUGAGGACCUAUAUUGAAAAUGUUGUUCAGUCAGAACCUUUUCCAGUGGUGUUGAUACCCGGGGGGUCGCUUAAGGAAAGAUACAAUGCAUUCAGUGCUAGUAGAGCAGCAUUAUGUACUUCAGGUACAGCUGUUAUGGAACUAAUGUUAGCAAGACUGCCCUGUGUGGUAGCGUACCAAGCUCAUUUCAUUACAGAAUGCUUUAUCCACUUGAGGAAAAAGAUAAACUUUAUUUCUCUGCCCAACAUUCUCUUGAAUUCUCUCGUUGUGCCUGAGAUCCUUUUUGGGGCUUGUACAGCUAAGAAUUUAGCUGCAAAAUUAAGUGAGGUUAUUUCAAAUGAUCAAAUCCGCCAGAUGCAAAUUGAAUCAGCUGGCCAAGUAUUCAGGGUUCUCUAUGAACCCAUCAAGAAACGGGAUACUUUAUUAAGGGAAGAGAUCGACUACUCAGGCUUGUCAUCAAAUUUCCUAUCUCCUAGCAUGAUCGCAGCUUUAACAGUGCUUUAUAUGGAUAAGCAUCAAAACACUGCAUGCCGGAAUUUGGUGGUAGAAUCAGAAGCUAAGAAAUCUCUUGUUCUACCAACGUGGUCAGGGUUCCAUGCAUGUUGUUCAUGCACAACUGGAGUAACAAGGCAACAAGCAACUGGUUAUGUUUAAGCUUCCACUUCUGAAGUGGUAUCAGGGUCGGUCAGCAUCAUGGUAUCGCAAACAGAUUUGGUCAUCCUGUUGGUGCAGACUCUUCUACGGUUAGAAUUUCCUAGAUGGAACAGGACUCGGGGAGUGUGACUAGAUGGUACAGUGGGGCUUCGAAAGUAAUAAUGAACUACAAGAUUUUUUUCUUCUGUGUU